AUGAAAGAAAAAACAAUUAAAAUGAAAGUUUUGGACGGUGCAAAGGAGCCUCAGCUCAUAAAUGGCGUUUACAAGUUAUAUUCAAGCAGCUCGGGCAAAGUCUUGGCUCGGUCUGGUGCGAAGAUUCCAGCGGGAUUUAUGAUGAAAAUACCAAAAAACUAUUUUGGAAAGAUCCAGUCCACCAGAAUAAAAAAGCUAGGUGGUGUUAUAGAUAGCGACUACAGAGGAGAGGUGUGCGUGCUCGUCUAUAAUGAUGGUGAUGAAGAGUUUGUAUAUAAAGAAGGAGAUGAGGUGGGGGAGAUGGCCAUCUGCAGGAUCUCGACACCCGAGAUUAAAGAGGCUAUUAACAGCGAAGUUCCUUUGUAA